AUGUGUGAAGAAGGGGAGAGCCCUGGGUUGGAGUUAUCGAAGAAAAACGUUGCCCAAGUAGCAACAAUAGAGAGGCAUGUAUUUGCUGUGGAGCAACUUUGGUACAAGAUUGUUUGUGAAGCUCUGUCCUUAACCAUCCCUUUCUUCUCAAAUAUAGCCUCCAAAAAGGAUGUUAAAUUAGCUGGUAAAAGCUAUAGUCUUUGUCGUUGGAGUCCUAGGAUUCGAUGCUCGAGUUCUAGUGCAGAGGGCCCCGUAACUGCUGAUAAGCUUGAGAAUGAUUAUUCCUUGACUGGUACUGCUUAUUAUUUUGAGAGAGCUACCAUAUCACUUACUUGUGGGUUUUUAUCGUCCCCAAAGAAGGUAACUCUUGUAAGGCAUGGCCUCAGCUCUUGGAAUGAAGAGGGUAGAGUUCAGGGAAGCUCAAACUUAUCUGUUCUAACAGAAGCUGGGAUAAAGCAAGCUGAUAGGUGUAGUCAGGCCCUUGCGAAUAUGCACUUUGAUCAAUGUUUUUCGAGUCCGAUAACACGUGCUAAGACCACUGCCGAAGUGUUAUGGCAAGGCAGGGAAGAGCCACUGGUUUUCCUUGAUUCACUUAAGGAGUGCCAUCUCUUUUACCUUGAAGGCAUGAAAAAUGUGGAUGCUAAAAUGAUAUAUCCAAAGGAGUACACAACAUGGAGAAAGGAUCCGGCGAAUUUCUACGUAAACGGCAUCUACCCUCUUCGGAAACUGUGGACAACAGCUAGAGAAUCUUGAAGGGAAAUCUUGUUCUCGCCGGGAGAAAACUUCUUGGUUGUCACUCAGAAAUCAAUGUUAAGGGCACUGAUCUGCUCAGCUUUAGGGCUUCCCCCUCGAGAGGUUUAGGUCGAUUGAUGUGAGCAAUGGUGGUUUAUCCACAUUCGUUUUCAACCAAAGAGGGGAAGCAAUGCUCCAGUCUUUGAAUACGACUUCUCAUAUGUAUAGCGAUCACGUGUAUCUUGCUUGAAUCUGUCUGAAUCAAUAGCCGUUGAGACUGGGAAACAAGACAAUUUUUUAGUUCUUGUUGAGUUCAUAUGAACAUAUGUUAUGGCAUUACAUA